GAGGGGAUGGGCAGAAAGAGCCGGAGCGACUUUAUGGAGGAAUGUGCGUGUUCAGUGGAUGGACUGAUUGCACCAUAGCCCGCUCUUGACAGGAAGUGAGAGGGGCACCCGAGGAAUACGCCAACAUUAUCAUCAUCCUUGGCCACGGUCGUCCACUCCGUUUUGGGGAAAAGCAGCCCAUGACUGGGACUGGGAAGAGAGGCUAAACAGAUGAACCUCUCCGGGGGGUCAUGAGCUGAAUCACCCCUUCGCUUGCCCGCCAGAACAUGGGGAGCGUAAGCAGCCUCAUUACCAGCGACGAAAUCAACAGUAAGCACUGCAAAGCAUCAGAGUUGAGGUUGAAAAACAGAACAAAUCAGCCGAGACGCAAUGGAGGUUGCAGCCUUGAUGGCUUACUGAAGUGUGGCUUCUCCUCCUCCCCCGUCCACCUCCCCAAAGGCCUCUCCUACUCCCGGUCGGGACGUAGCGAGGACUUUUUCUACAUCAAGGUGAGCCAUAAACCGAGGCCCGCGAACCACAGAGGAGGAUCAACGGUCGGCUGCAUCAGUAGCAGGAACGGAGAGGAAAAAUCUGACGUGCGACCGAAACUGAUGUUCAUGUCAGGGACUGACGGGACCACUGCUGAGAAGUCGCUGGUCCGGUCCACUGCAUACAAGCCUUUAAUUCCUAGGGGUGGAUGCUCCACAGAGUCACAGCGCAACAGCCUGGACCACAUCCUCAGCCGACUGGACAAGCCAAAGAGUCCGGACAUUCGACACAAGCAAGACACCUCCUCUGGUAAUCUGUCGGACUCUGGUCGUAACUCGAUGUCAAGCCUUCCCACACACAGCACCAGCGGUAGCCUAAGUGCUUCCACAGGCCCUGUCAGUCACAUCGAUGGAAGCUCCACUCCCACCAAUUGCCUCCGCAAGGGAGUUCAGCCCAAUUUGUCCCUCUGGGUGAACAGCGGUAGUCAAGAAGGUGGCUACAGGGCUAGUUUGAGCCCAGGGGGCUUGUCAUCAAAGGCUCACCAUGACAGUGGCUCCCCUCUAUCCUCAGACCGGCCGAAACGUCUCUCCGAAACUGUGGGAGGGAGUCGGUCCCCUCUGACGACAGAUGAGUCACUGAUUGAAACGCUGGAACAAAGACUAUUAGAGAGAGAAAAUGAACGGCAGGAGUUACAGGUGAGCUAUGAGGUGAAGGAAGCAGCCACCUGCCAGUUGUUCGAGGACAGACAAAAGUACUGCGCCGCUGAGAUGCAAGAAUUGAACCAGCGAUGCUCUACGACAUUACAACAAGCCUCGCAGAUGGCCGCAAGUAGCCAGCAAGCACUGCAGAUGCAGGUCGGCCAACUCCAGUCAGAAAACGAAAGGCUCAAGGAGGAUCUCGCAAAGCUAAGUCAGGAGCGGGAAGUCGUCGAACAAAAGCUGAGGGGCUACGAGGAGGAGAGCACGCAACUCGCUCCAGCGCUUGAGGAAACUCAGUGGGAGGUGUGCCAGAAAGCAGGAGAGAUCUCCCUUCUGAAGAAGCAGCUGCGAGACAGCCAGGAGGAUGUCAGCCACAAGCUCAAUGAAAUAGUCAGCCUGAGGGCACAACUGAAGGAAAUCACAGCGAAGGCAGAGAUGCUCGAUACGAAGAACAAAGACGGCGGCGACAGGCUGCGCUCUCGCACCAUCGAAGUAGAGGUGUGCCAAAAAGAACUCCAGCGCAAGAAGAAUGAAGCUUACCUGCUGAGAGAAAAAGUGGACAAACUGGAGAAAGACAUUGAGGGAAAGGCCAAAGACCAGAAGCUGCACCAACAACUUGAGCCUUGUGGUCAUACACAAGCCACAGAAAGAGUCACCACGGUCCACAAGACGAGAGAGGAGGCUGAGGGGCAAAACUCCACAAAACUCCUCCAGAAAGAAGUGGAGAGACUGAGGCAACAACUCAACGAGGAGAAGGCAGCUCAGGAGAAGCUCGCGACCAGCUUCGACCAGGAGAGGCGCACGUGGAACAAGGAGAAGGACAAGGUCAUCAAGUACCAGAAGCAGCUCCAGAUCAACUACCUCCAGGUACACAAGAAGAACCAGGACCUGGAACGGCUCAUGAAGGAGCUGACUGCUGAGCUGGAGGUCCAAGCGGAGCUGGGCCUGGAUCUCAAAUACAGCUCAGGGUUACAGACCUACGAUGACAUCAUCGCCACUGAGAUAUGACUGCCUGUUUUCACUUGUACUUGACUGUUGUUGUUGUUCUUGUUGUUUUUCCACAAAAGCCUAUAGAGCAGACACUGGAAGCCAUUGCCAAUGCUAAUUAGUGUUAUUGUACCACUGAACCUUUUUUAAUUAGCAGAUUUCAACUUUUGUCACAUUUAGUUAAAUGAAUCAAAAAUACAAAAUAUAUAAAUUUGUGCUGUAAAAUAUUAAUUUAUUUAAGGUUAUAAAUGUUUUUUACUGCUAUUUUUUCUCUAACUUUUGUCACUGAAAUCAUGUACAAUUUACAAAAUUAUAUAAUAGGAACUUACAUUAAUGACAGUUGAUUAACAUCCGUUUCCACCAGCAUGAAAAUACCUAAAUCAAUAUCCAUCCAUCCAUUUUAUGAGCCGCUUCUCCUCACUAGGGUCACGGGCGUGCUGGAGCCUAUCCCACCUAUCAUCGGGCAGGAGGUUGCCAGCCAAUCGCAGGGCGCAUACAAACAAACAACCAUUCGCACUCACAUUGACACCUAUGGGCAAUUUAGAGUCGUCAAUUAACCUACCAUCAUGUUUUGGGGAUGUGGGAGGAAACCGGAGUGCCCGGAGAAAACCCACGCAGGCACGGGGAGAACAUGCAAACUCCACACAGGAGGGGCCGGGGAUUUAACCCCGGUCCUCAGACACUCUAACCAGUCGACCACCGUUCCGCCCACGAUUCCCACUGAAUUAUAAAAUGCAAUAAAAUCACAGUAACUGUCACUGAAUUUUAGUAAAUCAAGUGUAAGUUGCCUUUUUUUUUUCCUACUUUUAAGGCAUUUUGUCACAGUAAAUUUGAUGAUGAUGAUAUGAUUUAACUUUGGAUAGACAUAGACCAUCAACAUGAUGAUGUCUUUUUUUUAUGUAAAUCAGUGCAAUAAAAAUAAUUUUGGUCUUAUUCCACUAAAAUAUUUAUUAAGUUAUUAUUAUUAUUAUUAUAUUAUUGGAUUUGUUAUUAUUACGUUUUUUUCCUGACACAGAUUAGCAGUAUAAUCUAUUCAUAAUGCAAAUUCGCAUUGUGAUACUCCGCGUGUGUGUGUGUGUGUGUAAGUGUGUGUGUGUGUGUGAGUGAAUGUGUGCAUGUGGGUGUGGGCGUGGAGGCGUGUAUGGGUGAGAGUGUGAGUGUGUGUGGAAGGGAGAGAUUAAUGGGUUCCACUGAGAAUAAAAAUAAAUAAAUCCUAGAGAUGUAGUGGAGAAGAAAUUGGAAAAAGUGCUAUCUCUCCACACAUCUCCAUUUUCUUCAACUUUCUCUACACUGCACAUUCAACGUUUUUCAACUUAUAUGGAAGUAUUCCAGUUGGAUGUAUCAUAAAAAAAACUGUAAAAAUCCCCAAUUAUGUGUUUCAUUGUGCUUCUACUAUUUGGGAUCUUUUUUCCCAUUUAAUAUGCAAAAUAAUAUAAUUUUUUAGAAUGAUUUUUUUGUAAAUUUACUGAAGAUGGGACAUUAUCUAGCUGGGGGAUGGUGGUCAAAAGAGAUUGCUGAUUUAAUGA